AUGGCCGAGACCAACUCUCGCGAAGAAGAGCUUCUUCGGCGAAUUCAGGAGCUUGAACUCGAAAACGAAGUGCUCAAGAAAAAAGUCGCAGAAGUCGAAUAUGAUGCAAAAUACCCUAAAAUAGAUGAGAAUUUCUGCUUGGAUGAGUACAAACGGUAUGGCAGGCAGAUGAUAGUUCCCGAAUUUGGCUCGUUGAAGUCCCAGAUCAAAUUAAAGAACUCCAGCAUCUUGGUGGUUGGAGCCGGAGGCUUGGGGUGUCCUGCUCUUCUCUAUUUAUCAGCAGCUGGUAUAGGUAAGAUAGGUAUAGUCGACGACGAUAUAGUCGAUAUUAGUAACCUCCACAGACAAGUUUUACAUACUACUGACUCCAUAGGUAUGUUUAAAUGUGAUUCGGCGAAGAAAUACAUUUGCAAAUUGAAUCCACACGUCAUUGUCAAGACAUACCCUGUGAGACUUCAUAAUGAUAAUGCGUUUGACAUAGUCAACGAUUACGAUAUCGUUCUUGAUUGUACAGACACUCCAGCCAUCAGAUACUUGAUCAAUGAUGUAUCUGUACUUUGUAGAAAAACCAUAGUAAGUGGAUCUGGACUUAAAUCAGACGGACAAUUGAGCAUAUUGAACUUCAACAAUGAAGGUCCUUGCUAUAGAUGUUUCUAUCCGAAGCCUCCUUCAGCAGAAUCCAUCACCACAUGUUCUGAUGGAGGUGUGAUAGGACCUUGUAUAGGAUUGUUGGGUGUCUCUAUGGCAGUAGAAACAAUUAAGGUGUUGACUGGUUUCUACACUAAGGACAACUUCAAACCUUUCCUUUCUAUGUAUACUGGAUAUCCCCAACAACUGUUCCGAGUUUUUAAAAUGAGAGGAAGACUGGACAAGUGCUCUGUAUGUGGAUCUUUUCCAACUGUAUCGAAAGAGGCUAUCCUUAAUAAUGAGAUCGACUACGUCGCAUUUUGUGGUAAGGUAGAUUCAAAUGUCUUGACGCCAGAGGAUAGAAUAACCGUACAACAGUUCAGUGAUAUAGUAACUCGGCAAAGUAAGGCACCAGUUUUACUAGAUGUACGUACUAAAGAACAGUUUCAAAUAGCUAAACUUCCAAACUCUAUCAACAUAGAAUGGGAUCCUACUUUCAAGAAAUUGGAGUCCUUAGACAAAUAUUUGCCCGAGGAUUUUGACAAAGAUACAGAUCCAGUCUUUGUCGUAUGCCGCUAUGGGAACGACUCUCAGCUUGCCACUCGGAAGAUGAAGCAGGAGCUCGACUUCAAGAACGCAAAGGACAUUAUUGGUGGGCUAAACAAGUGGAGUGAUAUUGUAAAUCCCAAAUUUCCAAAAUACUAAUAGACUAAUCAUGACACAUUUACUAUAGGAAUACAUAAUAAUACAUUAUUUAUGCGGC